UUCCAUUACCUCCAUCAACCAGCCCAGACACCCGCACCCAGAGCUGUCUCAAAAUGACCUCCCUGUGAGCGGCUGGGGCCCAACUAGGUCCCCCUCUCGGAAGAAACAGGUGCUUCUCUGAGGCCCAGUGCCGCUCUGGUUACCUGCUGACCUCUUCAGCCGGGCCUCCAGAGUGCGGCCCGUACAUUACCCUGCUCCGCCCUGCCUCAGCGCACGGGAGAGUGAACGGCAGAGUCAGGUUCACACGGACAUCCUGAUGAUGAAUCGGAGGCACCUCUGGAAGGACCAGUUCUGGGAGAACCCCUGGGACCAGGGGGGCCUGGCUGUGAUCAGCCUAUUCAUCAUCGUGGUCCUGCUCCUCAUGUCAUUCGCCAUAGUAUUUGGUGCGCUCCCUACGCCUGAGAACGCCAACCGGUUCAAAGAGUCAUGACCUGACUUUUGGGGGACCAAGAAGGGGGGCCACCUGCUACACACUCCCCAGGCACCAUGCACCUUUCCCUCAAAGCCCUUUCAACAGUCUGGAAUUACACAUUUUUAUGUGGUGAUCUGACAAGAGCCCAUCUUCCUCAUUAGCACCACAGAAGCCGGGGACGGGCCCCACUGUGCUCACCACUGGUCGCUCAACGGCCAACCAGUGGGCCCGGCAAGGUCGGUACCAACCGGUAUCUGUUGGUUGAAGGAAGGGACAAAUGAGCAAAACAAACGGGUGAACAGAGGGUGCUGGGCUGCUCACUCCCCCAGCGGAGACGGUGGGAGCCCCGCUCAACCCAGGCCAGCACCCAGGGCCAUUCUUCCCUCUCAGAGAAGUCGUCCAGCCUGUAGGCCAGAGAGUGCUUCGCACCAAUCACUGUCCUUCUGAUGCUACAAGGUAAAGCGCCCUGCCGUGAACCAUCAAAUGCUCCCCGUGGCCUUAGCUCGGAGGACGCAGCUGUAGGCAGGAUGAGGGGAAGCCCACUGGUGGCCCACCGGACUGCCCCCCUCUGACCCCAGGGCCUUUGCUCCUGGUCCCAGAGGUACCUCUGUGCACCCAGGUCCUACAACGCUGCCUCUGUGGGAAUGUGCCCACUUCUGCCCAAGCCACUGCACUGGCCUGGCCCUCGACACCAGGUGCUCUCCUUAGUGAACAGCUGCUUCACCUUCGACCAUAAACCUAGACUAGGAAAGGGGCCCAGAUCUGGAGGGGAAGGGGCUUUUUCUUCAUGCUAUACGCCAUUUACGCGUUAAAGAAACAUUCCCCUUACUCGUAGAGCAGUGUCAAAUCCAGUGACGCCAGCUGGGCUUACUCCAUCCCCAGGCCCAGAAGUCCUGGAGUCUGUGACCCUCACUUGUGACAUAUGAGAGAUGAAGCUGCACACGGGGCAAUGGGACCCGGCUGGCACCCGGGCCCCCAACAGUGAGAGGAGAAGUUAGGGUAGAGGCCCUUGGGAAGACCUAGCCCCUUGGGAUGGGGCGGCCAACCCUCUGGACAGCCCUACCGAGCUUCAGACACGUCCCAGACAAGAACCAGGUCAGGGCUGUUUCCAGCCGAGGGGACACUGACAAACAGCAAGGACACUUGGCCCUUCCACCACGAGUGCUUCGGUCCAGGAGCCCAAGGCCUAAUUUGGCGCCUCCCUGUACUAGUGCCUGGACAGGGCUUCGGUCACAACAGCUGUGGGCGGUCCUGAAUGCAGCCAAACUCCUCGGCACAAAACAGUGUGCCCCAAACCUGCUCUGGUUACGGAGGCCAGAUGAGAGCACACUGCUUGGAGAAGGAAAGAGCUUCAGUCCGGGGGCCGCCUUCUCAUCAGGGAACAGGAGGGGCAGGCAUCAAACCCAGGGCGCAGUCUCUGGUUUCCAGAGCGAGCCCCAAACAACUGCCAGACGCCGGUAACCAGCUUCAUGCUUCCAGAAUCUCAUCUCACCAUGCAAACCCAAGGCAGCACAUGUACGUAAAAAUGCACACUGAGAGUUGGCGGGUCCAGGGUUCACGCGUCUGCCACGAGCUUUGUGACUGUCACAUCUUAGACACUGGUCUGCUCAUCUCUGAGUCUGAAGCAGCCAUUUCUGCUUCAUCUGCCUCACAGGGCUGUACAGUGAGAUCUGAUCGACGACAGCGGAGGAAUCAAAGAGCUUUUCAGACCAAAGGGCUACCCGAGCGCACGGCGCUGCCAGCCAGUCCAGAAUCCUGCUGGACACCCCUCACGGGUGCACGGCAGCGGCUGUGCUCGGAAGCCACCCUGCCACAGCCUGCCUGUGCCUGCAGCUACCAGGCUCCUCCGUGACGCCACCACCGGCAGACGCAGAUAAAACAGAGAAGUUCCAAGUGGGAGGACUGGCGUUGUGUGAGAAAAGCUGAUUUCUCCCCAAGCAUGUUACGCACUGGGCAAGGGGUAAGCUGGGUCACCAGCCCCUGUUCAUCCGGGGUCAGAGUGAAGCCACUGUCCAGCUCAGUGGCCUGUGAUGACCACAAUGCCAGAGGCUCAGAAUUGGUCCACUGACUCAGGACUGAGUCACUCACAGGGCCACCCACUCCAGAAGGGGGUAAAUUAGGGCAGAUGGAUGAGCCCCCAAAAUGUUCGGCCCUCACACAGCCAGGGUUUCUGGGGCCUUCCACAAAAGAGUGGAAGGGUACCGACCUCUAGGCUGCCUGACAGGAAACGCCCCAAACCACGACCUUCGGCACACAGGGGCCCCCUGGUGGCCCAAGUGUUGCCCUGCAUUAGCUGGUUAACCCACGGGUGCUGGAGGAGGAAAAGAUCUCACUAACGCUUUGCUCUGGAAACACGCAAAUAAGUCACUCACCCCAGUUCUUCACAGAAGUUCACCAAGGCAUCAAAGGCCACGACGGCAGCUUUAUCGGACGCUUUGUUUCCUCUCUUUUCCUGGA